GGCCAUUUUUUUAUGUGUCCGGAUCCCGGUUCCGCUCAUUUCUCCCCCUAACCCGCUUUUUAACACCGAAUAAUAACGGAUAUCACCGGCGAACGAGUCCCGGACAUCAACAGCCUUCAUACCAGAGAAGAAAACCACAGAUAAACCGGGGAUUUUCGCGUGCUGUCCGUCAUGAAUCCUGAAUAUGAUUACCUGUUCAAACUCCUGCUGAUCGGAGACUCUGGCGUCGGGAAGUCUUGCCUUCUGCUGCGCUUUGCUGACGACACGUAUACAGAGAGCUACAUCAGCACGAUAGGAGUAGACUUUAAGAUCAGGACCAUAGAGCUCGACGGGAAGACCAUUAAACUACAGAUCUGGGACACGGCUGGUCAGGAGCGCUUUCGCACCAUCACCUCCAGCUACUACAGAGGAGCUCACGGCAUCAUCGUGGUUUAUGAUGUCACAGAUCAGGAGUCCUUCAAUAACGUCAAGCAGUGGCUUCAGGAGAUCGACCGCUACGCUAGCGAGAACGUCAACAAACUUUUGGUGGGGAACAAGUGUGAUCUGACCACCAAGAAAGUUGUGGAUUACACAGCGGCGAAGGAGUUUGCAGACUCUCUGAGCAUCCCGUUCCUGGAGACAAGCGCUAAGAGCUCCACGAACGUCGAGCAGGCCUUCAUGACCAUGGCUGCGGAGAUCAAGAAGAGGAUGGGCCCCGGGGCCACAGCGGGCGCUGAGAAAUCCAACCUGAAGAUCCACAGCACACCAGUGAAGACGUCCAGCGGAGGCUGCUGCUGAACACUGACCUUACAAACCACAGACACCAGCACACACACCACAGCUGAGUAACCAGAGAGAGACAGUGUGUGUGUGUGAGAGAGUGAGUGAGUAAAUGUGUCUACCUAUGUGAGUACCUGUGUGUGUGUAUGUGUGCUAGCGCAUGAGUGCAUGUAUAAGUGUGAAUGUUAGUGACUGUGUGUGUGUGUGUGUGUGCGCGCGCGCGUGUGAUUGAGUGUGCAUGUGAUUGUGCUUGUGAGUAUUUUAAUGUGUGCCUCCAUAGGUGUGUGCUAAAGUGUGUGCGUGUGAGUGU